GCUCAUCUGUCAUCAUUUCUGAUCUUCUUCCAUUCUAUUCUGUCUGGUUUGCUCUGUGUCUGUCUUACUCUCCUCUACUCCCUCACGGUAUAACUAAGACCAAUGACGAGGAAGGUCUCCAAUUUCUCGGAUCUGAUCCAAAGGGUCACCGCCUCUUGCUUGCUCCACCCGCUCGCCGAUACACGCUAUGACUCUUCCGGCGACAAGGACGAAAAUCUCCUCUACGAAUCUGAACCUAACAAGGACGUCGAUGAAGAUGGGGAAGCCGACAAGGACAGCGAAGACGAGGAAGAAGACGAAAUCGACGACUGCGAUGAAGGAAAAAUGGCCAGUCUCAAGGCAUUGGGGGAGAAGAAGAAGUUGAAGCAGAUGGAGUCACUACUGGAGGAGGUGUUCGAAGCCGUAUCGGCGAUGAAGAGAUCGUAUGUGAGCUUGCAGGAGGCACAUUGCCCGUGGGACCCGGAGAAGAUGAGGGUUGCUGACGUGGCAGUGGUGGCGCAGCUGCGGAAGCUCGGGGUGCUUCGUGAGAGGUUCCGGCGGCGGCGUGGAGUCGACGAGAAUGGUAGGAGGAGGGAAGUGCGGCGGAGGGCGACGGGAUCUCUGAGAGAGGUGGUGGCGCCGUACGAGGCGGUGGUGAAUGAUCUAAUAAAGGAAGUGAAGGCUAAGGAUUUAGAGGUUCAUAGUCUGAAAGAGAAGCUUGAUAAUGUGGUUACUCUCUCGAGCAAUGGUGGUGGAAAGAAGGUUGGGAGAUCUCAGUCUAAAAGGAAGCUUGGAAUCAGUCAGAUCCAAGCAGUUGCAGCAACCCCAUCUCCAGAACUCUUUGAAACAGCAAUGUUGCAAGUAAGAGAAUCAUCAAAGUCCUUCACAUCUCUUCUUCUCUCUCUAAUGCACAAUGCACAUUGGGAUAUUACAGCUGCUGUUAGAUCCAUUGAAGCCGCCACAGCUAGUGCCACUGAAGAAAGUUACAAUCCCUCAGCCAUCACCAUUGCCACAUCCAUUGUCUCAGCUCACCAUGCCAAGUAUGCCCUAGAAUCCUAUAUUUCCCGGAAAUUCUUCCAAGGAUUCGACCACGAAACUUUCUACAUGGAUGGAAGUCUCUCUUCCCUCCUCAACCCAGAUCAAUUCAAGCGUGAUUGCUUCACCCAGUAUCAUGACAUGAAGUCUAUGGAUCCUACUGAGCUCCUUGGGAUCUUACCAUCAUGUCACUUUGGCAAAUUCUGCUCCCAGAAGUACCUUGCCAUUGUCCACCCCAAGAUGGAGGAGUCUUUGUUCGGAAAUUUGGAGCAACACCAGCAGGUUUCGACCGGGAGCCAUCCCAGGAGUCAGUUUUAUAAUGAGUUUUUAGGGGUGGCCAAGGCUGUUUGGCUGCUUCAUUUGCUGGCAUUCUCGCUCAAUCCUGCUCCAAGUCAGUUUGAGGCAAGUCGUGGUGCUGAAUUUCAUUCACAGUAUAUGGAGAGCGUAGUGAGAUUUUCCGGUGGGCGAGUGCCGGCCGGUCAGAUUGUAGGCUUCCCGGUUAGCCCUGGAUUCAAGCUUGGAAAUGGAUCUGUAGUCAAGGCUAGGGUUUAUUUAAUUGCUAGAGCAUGAGGUUUUCCCUGUCGGGAUAGUGUUUCAGAAGAGCUAAUGAAGUGAUAAAGACAUCCGCCUCGUAAGGGCUGCUUAGAUUAGUACUGAUGUAAUAUCAAAACCAUGAAGUUAUGUUACUGAUUUUAAGGGGAGUUGACUUGAAACUGCUCA